UGGUCACGCGGCCCGCGGUUGACACUUCCGGGUGGGACCAAAGUACGGCUGUGGGACAGGGGCUGGCAGCCAUGGCGUACAGCGGCCUGACAGUGCCUUUGAUCGUCAUGAGCGUGUUCUGGGGCUUCGUCGGCCUCCUGGUCCCCUGGUUCAUCCCUAAGGGUCCCAACCGGGGGGUUAUCAUCACCAUGUUGGUGACCUGUUCGGUUUGCUGCUAUCUCUUUUGGCUGAUUGCAAUUCUGGCCCAACUCAACCCUCUCUUCGGACCGCAGCUGAGUAAUGACACCAUCUGGUAUCUCAAGUAUCACUGGCCUUGAGGAAGAAGACCCGCAGUCCAGUGCUCAGCCACCGAGGUCGCGGAGAGAAUUCCUCUAGCUGCAAAGCCGCCUCCACACCCAGACCGCCUUUCUUGACUCGCCCGUGUUGGCCGCCAGCUGCUGCCUUAAACAUUCACCCCACAGUUGAAUACUUUCUUCUACAGUGCAGUAUUUUUCUCCUGUACCUUUCUUACACUCCGAUGAAUUAUGUGCCUCUGUAAUAGCAACUGUGCCGACGACAUAAAAUGUAUGUGCACUCUUCUGAGACAGAAGGUGCUAGUCUUCUGAGAAACACACCCUCUCUCCUCGGAUCCUGUGGAUUUGAAGGUGGCUCCUGCCCGCUCACGACAUGGGAACCCGAGGCGAGUUUGAAAGCUGUCCCGGGACGGUGAGGUUCCAGGACAGCAGCCAACAGGAGUCCGUCCUCCCAGGGAGCUCUGUCCCAACAGAAUCACACCAAAGUCUACUUUCAGGAUGAAUUUCUUCUGCCAUCUUUUGGAAUAAAUUAUUUUCCUGCUUUCUACGGAAA